AAAAAAAAAAAAAACCUGGAAACUCGCCAAGCGGUGGGUUGUUUAUUACUAAUAGGCUUGCUUGUUGCUUGGAAAAAGCUGUGAUUAUUGAAGAACGAGCAAAGUAGCUAGCUAGCUAUGCUACCACUUACAGAUUACCGCUUAAUUAUCCUUUAUUAUUCAAUGAAAACGUGAUUGAUUCAUAAAGGUUCCGACAUUUCAAGACUUUUUUUUACUUUAUUACUUUGCUCAUUAAUUUUUGAGGCGUCAUCCGGUUUAGUAAAAAAAAGGUUAAUCAGGCAUAAGGGUAUUUAGCAACGUUGGAGACGUUCUGUCCUGCAGACAUAGGCUUGUUCGAUCGCGGUCUUGUUUUUUCUCUCGCUACUAUCAGGGUUCUUAUAUCUAGACUAAUGAAUUAUAUGAAAGGGAAUCAUAGAAUGGCAUGGAAUGCAUGGAAUGGGAUAAAAUCAGACAACUGACGUUUUCUCAGCGACAAAACUUAAGGAAUCCACAGGGGAGUAUAUAUACAGAUUAAACAGUGAGGCACCCAGUACGUUGACAGAGAACCGUUGUGUUGCAUUGUACAUAUGGAUCCCCAAGACGUCAAUUCCUCAUUCCUGAACUUUAGUUUCUCCACCAACACAACCACGGCUGCCAAUAGAAGCCAAGUCUUCACAGAAUUUGAAUAUGCUUUGAUUUUUGUGUUUCUUGGAGUCUUUGCCGUAUUGAUAAUAUUAACCAAUGCAUUCGUGAUUUACCUGGUCAAGAGAAUGUCUUAUCUACAAACGUCUACUAACUAUUCCUUAGCCAGCCUUGCGUGUUCUGAUCUUCUAGCUGGCUUAGUGGCAAUACCUCUGAUCAUACUUAGUGCCGUCACUAAAAAAAGAGGCUUAUUUCUGGCCAUGGACUUAAGCAGCAGAUUCAUCUGUCUCUCUACAAUUCUACAUCUUUCCAGCAUUGCUCUAGAGAGGUAUAUCCUCAUAGUUCAUCGGAUGAAUACAGAACUAAUGACCAAGCAAUCCACUCUCAUCGUUCUUCCAGGAAUUUGGAUAUUUUCUUUAACAGUAACGUUGAUCCAAAUGGCCUGGAUUGAUUUUGACACGCCGAGACUUUUGACAAAAAAGGGCAUGGAAAAAGUCGAGGUGAUAUAUGACCUUUGUUGUAUCUUUAUUCUAGUAUUCCUCCCACUUCUGAUCAUCAUAUAUGCUUACGUGAGGAUCUACAUCAUCGUACGUCGGCAGCACAACAGUGUUUCGCGGCAGGAAGCCCACAUCGACGAAGCGCUGAAGAAAAGAAAAAGACGUUUGAAGAAGGAAAUAAGAGCAGUUUUCAUCUACGGAGGAAUGGUGCUUACGUUUGUUCUUGGUUGGUUUUAUUACUUUUUAGGUGGACUUAUGCAUGAUUUAAACGUAACAGAAAACUGGCUCGAUACUCCACCAUGGCUAGAUAUCGUGUUGCUAUUCACAAGGUUUGCUACAUCGUUAGUCAAUCCACUAUUGUAUACAUUCUUUAAAAUGGACUUUUUGAAGGCCGUAAGAUCACUUAGGAAGAAAAUACCAUGCAACUCUGAACUUUGUAAGAAAAAACCCACGGCAGAUACAUUUGCUAUCAAGAUUUUGAAAGAAGGUAAGCCACAAGAGUCUAAUGGAUACCAAUUGUCAUCGAGAAUCGAGACCUCUUAUACUGUUAUUAACCAAAUUAGGAAAAACAGCAAGUCUAUUGAUGCUUCCGAGAGCAUUUAAAGGACAGAGAAUUGGAAAGAAUACAAGAAACAACAGUAAAUCUAUUGAUGGUUGGAAGAACAGAGGGAAGAUGACAAAACGAACAGCAGCUAGUAAAUCUAUUGAUGGUUGGAAGAACAGAGAGAAGGUGACAAAACAAACAACAGUAAAUCUAUUGAUGGUUGGAAGAACAGAGAGAAGGUGACAAAACAAACAACAGUAAAUCUAUUGAUGGUUGGAAGAACAGAGAGAAGAUGACAAAACAAACAACAGUAAAUCUAUUGAUGGUUGGAAGAACAGAGAGAAGAUGACAAAACAGACAACAGAUCUAUUGGUGGUUGUGAGAGUAUUGGAAGAACAGAGAGCAAAUGACAAAACAGACAAGAUACAACAGUAAAUCUUUUGAUGCGGGUUGUGAGAGUAUUGGAAGAACAGAAACAAGAUGACAAAACAGACAAGGAGAAACAACUGAGUAAAUCUAUUGAUGGUUGUGCCAAUGAAAAAAGCAUUUACCAUGAGUCGGAAAGGAAGAGCAAAUAUUGAUUAGUUGCAAAAAAAAGUAAAAUAAAUAAACCAAACCAGUGCCGCGGUAUGUAGAAAUAAACCGGGAUUAUAUCAAUGUAACAAUCAAUUUCUUAAUUCUUCCGGGAGGGACAGAGGGUUUGAUUAUGCAAUCAAGACCUGCUUUGACAUCAUUGACUCUGACUUUGUACCAAGAAGGAUAACAAGGAAAGGACAAUUCCAUGUUACGGCACUGACAACCAAGGGGCAAAAUAUUUCCAAAAUGACAAUUGCGCAAUGGUAACUGUAGUACCGGGCCUUCUUCAAGAGUCUUCCCCUUCCCGAGAAAAGACAUUGAUAGCUCUUAGCAUAGAUCCACUACAUACGAAUUCAAGAUAAGUUAAAUGGUUCGUAAGAGUUCUUAUACAUACUUAUUAAUUAUUUCUUAUAUAUAGAAGGCUAACAAAUUGUUUGAUAAAAUGUAUAUCAUUGACUUUCGAUGCCCAACGGUUUUAGAUAACACCGAGGGGGGAGGGGGGAUAAAGGGUUUUGAGCGUACGGAUAUUGCUAAAUGCUUAGCUUCUUAUGAUAAUAAUGAGAAUCCAGACGAACAGAAAUGACUCAAAAAGUUUGAUACGGGUCUUCUUUUUUUCUGGGAUAUUCGGGUAAUGUGUUUGUAGUUCCGAAGGUUUUGGAACACUAAUAGUACGCAUAGUCCAUGAGAGGUGCUUUUGACGGGAUGACCAAUAAUUUCCCUUGAUGCGAUUGGUUGGACGGGAAUUUACUGAGUGUUAAUACCAAAUUGCCUUCCUUUGUGGAAGCUUUUAAAAGGCGUCUCAAAUGAAACAUUCUGUAGACCAAUGUCUUGUCUCAAAAAAGCUGAACAAUAAGGUAAAAGGCUUUUUAAACGUAUUUUUAAAAGCUGAAGUGAAUAAAAAAUUUGGAAUUACUGCUUUCACUCAUGCAUUUCAUCAAGCAUACUCAGAUCAAGUUAUGAGGCAAGUUUCUGGUGAAUAUUUGAAGACAGAAGAUAACGAUUGACUUAUCUCUCUACAAGAAAUUUAUUUUUCUUCUUUUUGUCUUGGUAUACGAGAGAAUGUACGCAGUGGAAAGAUUGCAGGGAUAUAAAGGCUCUUACACAUCGCAUUUCCGAGCAAUAUGCACGUAGCCUUACAUUGAAUUUUUGUGUGUGACACAAGCAAAGCAUAUCUGGGAAGUGAGCUACAGACCCUUGCAUGUGACGUCAAGCAGCUUAUUUUGGAGAAUGAAACAAAAGAAUUUCUAAAUCUCCUGAACAACUGGUAACCUAUUGUUGUGUCCUCCAAAUUGAGCUGUUGACCUCACAUGCAAGGUGUCUAUGGGUUGACUAUUUAAUACGCUCAAAUACCCUAAACCCUCCCCCAAGGUCAAACGUUUUGUAGGCGUUAGCCAUCCUUAUGAUUCUUUUAAAAUGUUAAAAUAUCAAUACAUAGAAAUACAGCGAAUAAAAUAUUUCAUAACUGUAA